CUCUAGUGCUCACGCGCCUAUUCCAGCACUAGCUUAAAGAAACAUCAAUUUCGUUUUGUUUUGUUUAUCUAUUUUGUUUCGUUUUAUAAUAAGAUCAUGCAGCCUUUUAUCGUGAUACGCAAUUACCGGGAAGAUGAUGAAUUCAAGUGCCAGGAUCUGGUGCGGGACUACAUUAUGUCGUUCUCCACGAAAUCGUUCUUCGCCCUGAUGUUCCGAGAGAUUACACUUCAGUUCAUAGUCAUCACAUGGGCGAUAUUCUUCAUAUUUCUGGGCGUGCCACUGCUCUUUUGUACCCUCUCGAUACCCGGAUGCAUCUUCUUUCUCUUCACCAGCACGUACUUCUCCUUCUACGCCAAGGCAAUGGAGCUCAUGAAGGUGAAACCCUCCCAGUCCUUGGUGGCAGAGUGCUACGAGCCAUUCAUUUUUCGCUGUUCCCCCAAGGAGGCCAGCUAUGAGAUCUUCGUGGAGAAUUGCCCAUACGAUGAGGAGUACAAAAGGAAAUUCCGUUGUCGAAUUGUGGCCGCGAUAAGUGUAAAAAAUCACCAUGCUGUGUACAAUGCGGCUUGGAUUUGUCGCUUUGCAAUUGCUCCGGACUAUCCCUAUCAAAAGAUUAUGGAGCCCAUGAUCAGUCUUGUAGCGAAGAAAUGCGCCACAGGUGGUUAUGGCUCGCUAGAGUGCACCAUUUCCGAGUGGCAGGAGAAUGAACGCGAAUUCUAUGACGAAUUUGGCUUUGUCACGCGUCAGAUAUACCACAAGAAGAUCAUUGGCAGCAGUCUUACGGUGAUGAAAUCACAAUUAACGUACAGUUUACGCAAUGACGAUGGCAUCCAGAAGCGAAAUUAGGGCGAUGUGAGUGCAAUAUAUGUAUAGAGAAUCUCGAUAAACUGUGACAGGUACUAGUUCAAUAUUUAUACAUUAAUUCUGUUGACUUUUCACAUUCCGAAGUUAGCUCGAAACUGUAGAAACUCCCCCACCAUCCGCUUCGCUUCCAAGAGGUUGUAAUAUUAAUAUUACAUUAUUAUGUAAACAUAGAUAAUAUCGUACAUUGCUUUUGUCCUGGUUUUAUUAUCUCUGGUUUAUUCUUUGACAUAUUCUAUUUAAAUAAAUAAAUAAAAUAUUUAGUAAUAAAUAAAACUUGCAUAAUGGUUUAGCGUUUCUUUUUUGAUGCCGCACAUGCAACAAUUGGCUGGCUGUUCUUUUAGCUCCUUUUGCUGCCGUGUAAACGUUGCUGAAGGUACAUUUAUUUCAUUCUUUGAUGCUUAUCGGUUGAUUUUCUCUAGCCCUCGAACGUGUUUUUCAGUUUGAAGUAAAUAAUGUAAUUUAGCAAACGAAUCCAAUUACAAAAAAAUAUGCAGCUGCAUUGUGUAUAAAAAGCUUUCAUGCCAGACAUGCAAUGUUUUAACUAAUUGAAAUCUGUAUACAUUUCGUAUUUAUUUGGGAUUUUGUUUUCCUUAGUGUUGUGUUCCUUUUAGUUACAAUCUUCUCUCUAUAGGCGCAACUAAUUCUUAAAAAAAUAAACUGUCCGCUCCAUUCCGAUCCGAUCCGUUCCGUUCCGCAUUGUAACUGUUUAAAUUUAGUUUUAGUUUCAGCUUCACUUGCAUCAACUAUUUAAAGCGUGUUUCAAAACUGGCUGUGAAAUUAGCAUAGUUUCCCAUUAAUUUGUUGUUUCUUCCUUUCUUUUAAGGUAAAAUGUAUUAUUUUGGUUUCGUCGCAAGCAGCCUCCUCGAUCCAGCAGGUGAAGAUCCUGUCCUGAACUGCAGCGUUCGUCCGCUUAGAAAAGCUUCACCCGCCGCUUCAGCUCGUUGCGCCUCCACUGGGGCAGGCG